AGUGAACGUUCAAUUCGUGAUUAUAAUCCAAAUGUAACUUCAAAUAGUGCCGAAACAUUAUCAGCUGAAGACGCCAGAGCAACUGCAAAACGAAUAUUUGAUAGUGGAAAAACGGCGGAUGCUAAUCGAGCAAAAAUACCACAAAAAGCAAACGGUGUUCACGAAAUUGAUUGUGAUGUGGGUAGUGGGGUGAACAGAGGACAUCUGAGGUAUUCGGUUCAGAACGAUGGCAGAAGUUACCAUUUGAAAGGACCAAAUGAUUGUGAAAUUCUUCUUGAAUUCAACAGAAAGGUCACUUGUUGA